AAGGCCUGAAGUAUGGCGUGUGCACCGCAAUCUGCUACAGAGUACCUCGAAAAGACCAGGAGAGACCUGGUGAAACACAUGAAAAACCUUCCUCUGAUCAUUGAGAAUCUUAAGCAGAAGAAGGUUUUCAAUGACGAUAACAUCAAUGAUCUGAAAGCCAAGGACACAGAGUUUGAUAAAGCCAGUUGUAUACUGGACUGGGUCAUUAAAAAAGGAGAACUGGCCAGUUAUGAAUUACUCAAGAUUCUGGAAGAAACUAAGAAGAGGACAUUAGAUCCUGCUUUACACUCCUGGAUCAGCUGUUUUCCCUUCAGAGAUGAAGAUGCACAGCCAAGCCGUUUAUUUGGUACAAAGUCCUGUAAAAACUACCAGACACAGCUCAAAAAGAAAGCAGAAAGUUUACUGAAGGACCAAAGGGAAAGUUGCUGUAAAUAUCUGGAUGACAAGGUACAAGGAAACUUCAGUUUUAUUCCUCUUGUUUUAGAGACCGGCUCUGCGGUAAAAACUCCCCAAUGCGAAAUAUAUUUGAAAAACAAAAAUUGCAAAAAACGGAGAGCUUACAUUCCUACCGAGGGUCAAGCGUUAUCACCUGAGGACCCCCUGAGAUGGAAAGACAAAAGCAUCCUCAUCAUCGGCAAACCUGGAGUAGGAAAGACUUCAGUUGUCCAGGAAAUGCUGCGUGUUUGGGCAGAGAAGGAUGGCAGAGAGAUAGACUACAUGUUUUACUUUGAUCAAAGUGUUCUGGCUCACAAUAGUGUUGCCAGCUUGGAAUCUCUUUUGUUUGAUGUGUAUAUAAAACCAAUGGAAAAAGACCAAAAAGAAGUGUUUCAAGAUAUUGUGGAAAACUCUGAGAAUGUUGUCAUCGUGUUUGAUGGUGUGAUGGAUUUGGGAAAAAAAUCCAUCUUGAGGAAGAUCAUGAAGCACGAGCUCCUGCCGGAAGCCAAGAUUGUGAUCACAUGCAGAUCAGAGGAGGAAGAUGAUCCACUUUUCUCUGACUGGCCGACACGGACCGUGUAUGUACAAGGAUUCAGUGCAGAGUCUAUCAACACUUACUAUCAGAAGAUGUUGGGUCAUGAUCCUGUUCUUCUAGAAGUUGUUUUGAAGAAUCAAGAGCUCUUCAGUCUUAGUCAUGUGCCAUUGUAUGCAUUCAUGAUUGUAGAAUUAAUUAAUUUUAAAAAUGACACUGUAUGCAACUAUCAUCACACAGUCACUGAAAUCUACAUCCACAUUUUCCGUUUUGCUGUGAAGAAACAUGGAGAUAAACAAAAUAAGCAAAUAGACAAGUAUCUGAAAGAGAAGAAGGAUCAGAUUCAUAGAUUGAUGAAAAAUGCUUUCGAUGGCACUAUGAAGAAGUGCCUGAACCUUCCAGAUUUUAGCAGUGAUGAGACGGACAUUUGUCAUGCUUUUCUGAAAAUGAUCACAACAACAGACUCGCCAACAUCUGCAACUACACACUGUGCGUUUCUCCACAACACAAUGCAGGAUUUCUUCUCCGCUUUGUGGCUUCUUGGACAUCCAGAUGAAGUUGAGAAAGUCCUACAGCUCUGUCAGACUGAAGAGCAUAAACACAUGAGAUAUGUUCUUCCUUUCUUAUGUGGACUUCUGAGUGAACACAACACCAGACUCCUCAAAUGUCUCUUCACAGAGGAUCAGAUACAGAAAACAUCUGACUGGUUGACUGAGAAGCGUGUGGACACAUUUCUUCAAGCUCACAGUGAGAGUGAAGAGUUUGAUCUUCUCUAUGUGUGUCAGUGCUUGUAUGAGCUCCAGUCUCCUAAAGCCUGCUUAAUGUUCCUGGAGAAGAUGAACCAUCAGAUUGAACCAGAAGUGGAUCUCGAUCCUCAUCAGUGUUGUGCUCUGUCUUAUGUGAUUGGUCAGUCCAGAGAUAAAGAGGUUUAUCUGAAUCUGGACGACUGUGAUGUAGCUGAUGUGGGAAUGAUCAUGCUGCUCAGCUGCUCUCCAAACAUCAGGGUAAAGACUUGUAAAGAACCGCUGAAGCAAAUCAUAUUUUUUGUAGAAUUCUUCCAUAAAUCAUUAAAUCAAUGUGACUGCAAACUUUUUGAGUUGAGAGGAAGAGACAACUCAGGAACUUUAAAUGCUCUGCUGGAUCUGUGCUCACAUGUGAAGAACUAUGAGACUCAAACAGGCAGGAGUUUUCUUCCAGCAUUACAGUCAGUUUUCCAGUUACGUGAUGUCUGGAUCAUAGAUCUCUCAGAGAGAAAGAGCUCGAUCCUCCUGGAAGUGCUGAAGCUCCAGACAGAAAAGAAACCAGUCGAGCUGAGUGGAUUGUCAGUGGAAGAGAGUGAUGUGAAGAGUUUCCUUCAGUGUCUGCCACACGUCUCAAAGCUGAGAUUCUCUGAUAUGAGUAAAAGCGUUCUUCAUGAAUUUCUUCUGAGUCUCUUCAUUAAAGCAGCAGAGAUCGAGACCCAGACAGGAGAACAGAUGCUGGAACAGUUAGCAUCAGUCUGCACCAGCUCUUCCGAUAAUAGACAGACUUACAUAUUUGAUGAUUGGGAUUUCCUGCUGGAUCUGUACUCUCGUGUGAAGAACUUUGAGACUCAAAUAGGCAGGAGUUUUCUUCCAGCAUUACAGUCAGUUUUCCAGUUACGUGAUGUCUGGUUCAUAGAUCUCUCAGAGAGAAAGAGCUCAGUCCUCCUGGAAAUGUUGAAGCUCCAGACAGAGAAGAAAACAGUCGAGCUGAGAAGAUGUUCAGAUGAAGAGAGUGACGUGAAGAGUCUCCUUCAGUGUCUGCCACACAUCUCAAAGCUGAGGUUCUGGUUCUUUAAUGAAGAAACAAGGAUGUCUGCAGUCAGAUUCCUGCUGAAGCUCUGUGUUGCUGCAGGAGAAACUGAUGAAGAAACAAGAUUCUUGACUCUGCUGUCAUCUGUGUGCAGCUACAAAACCUUCCCUUUUGAUGAAGAGGAUUAUAAUUAUUAUGAUUAUGAUCAUGCUGAUGAUCAGCGUGAUUUCCUGCUGGAUCUGUUCUCUCAUGUGAAGAACUAUGAGACUCAAACAGGCAUGAGUUUUCUUCCAGCAUUACAGUCAGUUUUCCAGUUACGUGAUGUCUGGAUCAUAGAUCUCUCAGAGAGAAAGAGCUCAGUCCUCCUGGAAGUGCUGAAGCUCCAGACAGAGAAGAAACCAGUCGAGCUGAGUGGAUGUCCAGAUGAAGAGAGUGACGUGAAGAGCUUCCUUCAGUGUCUGCCACACAUCUCAGAGCUGAGGUUCUGGGACAUUUAUGAUGAAGAUACCAGGAUGUCUGCAGUCAGAUUCCUGCUGAAGCUCUGUGUUGCUGCAGGAGAAACUGAUGAAGAAACAAGAUUCUUGACUCUGCUCUCAUCUGUGUGCAGCUACAAAACCUUCCCUUUUGAUGAUAAUUAUCAUGAUGCUUAUGUUCAGAGUGAUUUCCUGCUGGAUCUGUGCUCACAUGUGAAGAACUAUGAGACUCAAACAGGCAGGAGUUUUCUUCCAGCAUUACAGUCAGUUUUCCAGUUACGUGAUGUCUGGAUCAUAGAUCUCUCAAACAGAAAGAUCUCCGUCCUCCUGGAAGUGUUGAAGCUCCAGACAGAGAAAAAAACAGUGAAGCUGAGAAGAUGUUCAGAGAAAGAGAUUGACGUGAAGAGUUUCCUUCAGUGUCUGCCACACGUCUCAAAGCUGAGGUUCUGGGACAUUUAUGAUGAAGAUACCAGGAUGUCUGCAGUCAGAUUCCUGCUGAAGCUCUGUGUUGCUGCAGGAGAAACUGACGAAGAAACAAGAUUCUUGACUCUGCUGUCAUCUGUGUGCAGCUACAAAACCUUCCCUUAUGAUAAUAAUUAUUAUAAUGCUGGUGUUCAGAGUGAUUUCCUGCUGGAUCUAUGCUCACAUGUGAAGAACUAUGAGACUCAAACAGGCAGGAGUUUUCUUCCAGCAUUACAGUCAGUUUUCCAGUUACGUGAUGUCUGGAUCAUAGAUCUCUCAGAGAGAAAGAGCUCAGUCCUCCUGGAAGUGUUGAAGCUCCAGACAGAAAAGAAACCAGUCGAGCUCAGUGGAUUGUCAGAGAAAAAGAGAGACGUGAAGAGUUUCCUUCAGUGUCUGCAGCACAUCUCACAGCUGAGACUCGACCUCACUCUCAAACCUAAAGCUGUCUCUGUCAGAGGAACAAGGCUUCUCUUCAGACACCUCACAAACACACACGCACUCAGGCUGAGUGGUUAUAUGCUGGUGAGAGUUGUGCAGGCGUUGAGGUUUAUGAAGGUUCGAGCUCCCAUCACAGUUAAUGAGCUCACACUUGAUCUGAAUAACGAACAGCAGUCAGAGAGCAAUCUGUCCAGGAUCCUGAGCAAAUUAGCCAUCCUUCUGAGACUCUGGACUGUACGGUGUUUGAACUUGACAGAAUACAAGACUCAGUCUGUUUCUGUGUCUGUGUUACUGUGUCACCAGGGACCAGUGACUCUCAGACUGUCCAAAGAGACUCUCCAGAAGCUUGUUAAAUGUGUCUAUGAAGCUCAGGAAGAGGAACUGACUCAAUGCUUCCUGCAGAAAGUGGAAGGCGAUCUGACUUCCUGUUCCUUGAGCUGGGAAGAGCUUCAUUAUUUCCUGCAGCACAGAAUUCAACAAAUCACUCUGAACCUCAGAAAGAGUAACAUUCAGGCCAACAUCAGAGAAAUUCUGCCAUUCCUGAACCAGGUUAAGUUUAAACGGAUGAGCUCUGACUUCAUGCUGUGUGUGAUCAGAGAGGUCUAUGAGUCUGGCUCUGCUGGGUUUGUGUCCAGUCUGUUGAGUUCAGUGGAGAACUACAUUAACCUGCAGAGCAGAGAUCUGGACUCUGUUCACUGUGCGUCUCUGCGCUUCACACUGCAGCACUGCACUGCAGCUUCACUCAACCUGCUCUGGACCUCCAUACCAGAGGAAGAGCUGCAGAGCAUUCUGCCUCUCUUCACACACCUCUCCCACCUCAGUGUUGACAGGCUGCUGUUACUGAAGAUGCUUCACUGCUGCAGUGUGUCUGAUGUCCAGCAGGAAACAGCAGCUGUUCUGCUCUCUGUCCUUCAGCACAAGCUGGACUUCUCCUGCCGCUCUGCUCUGGAUCUGACAGCAAACACAGACGCAGAGCCUCUACAUCUGACCGCUGAAGACUGUCGUGUUAUGUCCAGAGUCAUUCGGAGAGCUCAUUCAGACACAAAGACACGGCUGAUUCUGCAGGACUGUGUGAUUCAUACAGCUGGAAUGGAUCAGCUGUUCCCAGUGUUACACUCUGUUCAGCUCUGCUGUGAUAAACCUCUGCUGCUUCAGUUUCUGGCUCAUGUGAGGCCUGAGGAAGCCCCGUCUCUCUCUCAAGCUCUGGGUGAAGAGCUGGAUCUCAGUCAGACUCCGCUGGAUCCGCAGGUCUGUAGAGGUCUGGAGCUGAUUCUGGAGUAUUCUGAAGGACUGACAGAACUGGAUCUGAGUCAGUGCCAUCUCACAGAUCACAGUCUGGAUCUGCUGCUCCCAAACCUCCACAAAGCUCAAAUCAUUGAUUUCAGUGGAAACAGCAUCACUGACGCUGGGGCUGAGAAAAUCUACAGUAUCAUCUCUCACAACAGUAACAUAAAGACAGUAAGGCUCUUCAACAACAGAAUUGAAUCCAGACAGCUCUUCAGCACAGACCUGCGAUUUGAGAUCUGGUGAUGUCAGUAAACUCUCUGGAAUCAACAAGCAGAUGAAAAUAUCCCAACGCUAUCUUACGACCAAUUCGUACGUAUUUUACGAGGUGGCUUAUUCGUACGAAUUUGUACGACCUCACUCGUAUGAUUU